AGAUCGAUCUAGGGAAAGAGAAAACAGUCCUUCCACCUCAUUGGGCUUUGUGAACAGAACUGUCAUUUUGUCCCUUUAAAAUCAGACUCAGGUCGACCAUUGUCCAAGUUGUAGUUGGCGUUAGAAACCAACAUUAGUUUGCACUAUCUCCUCGUCGUCUGCGGAAAAUGUAAAUGCACUGUAGUCUGCUUGUCCCAAAAUUGUUGCAGCAGGCAAUUUGGCUUUACUGAAUGUGACUGUAAAUUUGAAAAGUGUGAUUAUUGGAUUUAUUGAAUUAUGUCAUCUAAGAAAAAGGUAGACAGAAACUUAGAGGCAGAAAUACGGAGCCUCUUUAAGACAUUCGAUAAGAAUAAUGAUAAGUACAUAUCGAGUGAGGAGCUUGGAAAAGCCAUGAGGUUUCUAGGAUUAAACGUCACAAAAGCAGACGUAAAGGAAGCAAUGAAAGUGCUGGAUAAAAACGGCAAUGGAAGGAUAGAAUUUGCAGAAUUUUCCGCUUUCAUGAAAAAGGAACUUGAGAAAAACCAGGCAGGAUCAGACCAAGAGUCCAGUAUUCGUGCAGCAUUUAAAAUCUUCGACAGAGAUGGCAACGGCGUAAUAGACGCAAAAGAAUUGAAAUUCGCUAUGCAAAAUCUGGGCGAGAAGCUGACAGACAAGGAGCUGCAGGACAUGAUGAGGGAAGCAGACGUAGACGGAGAUGGGAAGAUAAACUAUGAAGAAUUUGUGAAGAUAUGGACAGAAUCAAUGUAGUACCUAAUUUCCAUGUAGAGAGAGUAUUUGUGACUUUUGUUAAUAUGUUGACAGGACAACCUUAUUAUCAUAGUGCCUUUAUCAUUUUGAUUUUUAUUAACACUUAGGUUAACCCUUCAGAUGUAUCCAGCUUUGUCUAAAGUGUUAAUGGCAUGGAUAACAAAACUUGGCAUUUUUGAAUAUCAGUAAAGUCUUUGCUUAUUUUUUGUGGAACUUGGUUGAUUUUACCUUGUUACAAUUUGAGGAGGCACCAGAAAACUUUGACAGCAACAAUAUACAUUUGUAAUAUGAAAUUUGUACUGCAUAACAGAUGGACUUAAUAAAAUAUUUAAAUCCAA